CUGUUCUCCGCAACAAAGCCGCGUGUUUCGAACAAGUAAGACAACUCACUAUAUCUACGGAAUCCUCUGGGCUGUUAUGGACGAUUGCAAUCGCGUUAGGCUUUAACGAUAUACCAUUUCCGCUACUCAACAUGCCGAUAAAUCCAACGAAGAAGGGUCAGGCGUCGAAAUCCGCUUCGCAACCCGCUAAUGCAACCCCGGCCAAGAUUAGCAGGAAACGCAAGAUGGAUGCCGAUGCUCAGAAAUACUAUGCCGUAAGAGCUGGAGUGAACCCGGGUGUCUAUUUGACUUGGGCAGAAUGCCAGGAGCAGACGGCGGGAUUCAGAGGUGCUUCUUGUAGUCCUUCCUUAGCAAAGAGGACGCAGAGGCAUAUGUUGCCGGUAAGAAGACGUCUGCUACUGCCCCAGGCGAAGAGAGAUUUUAUGCGGUGGCUAUCGGUAGAGAGCCUGGAGUUUAUACCGAUUGGGACACGGCGUCGCUUGCGAUCAAGGGAUGGAAGGGCCCGAAAUACAAGAGAUUUGAUACUCGUGAGGGUGCAAUAGAAUACAUACGAACCCAUGGGAACGAGGCGGCACAGGACGCCCUCUUAAAAGAUGAAGGUGCUGGGCCUUCCUCGAAGAAGCGCAAGAAGUCCAUAGGCAACGAUGCCGGUAAACUUGAAGAU